CUCCUACCUGUUCGCUACUAUACCGCUCAUCUAGUAACUCCACCCGCUGUUUUGACAAGUUGUUUUUAGUUCGUUUGUCCUAAUUUUAAUUUUUUUUAAAGUUUGUUAAAAUUACUCUCAAUUAGUAAUGUCGGGGUGUUUGUCGAAAGGAGGAAAGGAACCUGUUGAGCCACCUAUUUUUAACUGCAAAUGGACCCCUUGCAAAAGAAAGUUCACUCUGAAGUUCUUGUUGGAAAAGCAUGAGAUAUUGUGUCCACAUAACAAUCUCCUACAACCCACUUUGUCCCCAGCAAUUUCGCCCUCAUCAGUGACGAUUCCUACGUCGGAAUUUCUUUCCACACCCACCAGCUGUACAUUUGCUGCUUUGACUCCUCCACCCACGCCUGACAGUACAGGGUCAUCUUCAGCAAAUAUAACAACUGGGCGAAAAAGAAAGUCGGAUGGUUCUCGAGUUUUGUUGUCUACUCCCAAAUCAACUUCUUCUAAGCCUAAAGUAAGUUGUCCUAAACAAUGUGGAAAGACAUUUUCGAGAAAAUCAGAAGCAACACGACACAGAAAACUUUGCGGACUGACUGACGAAGAGAAAAAGAAGGCUAUUAAAAUCAGAUUUGGAAAUGAUCCCACACAUGUAUGUUGCAACUGUGGAGAGGUUUUUGAGCAAACAAAUGGAAAAACGGCGCAUGAAGACAGGUGUGCUCUCACGGUGGACGAAAUGAAGGAAAAGUAUAAAGAUGACCCUGGGCAUUUCUGUUGUAAUUGCGCCCAGUUCUUUAUUGAUACGUCGAACAGACAGCAGCAUGAAAGAAGUUGUGGCGUGACAAAGGAGGAAAUGAUGGAGAGAUUCAAGGACAAUGUACAACAUUGGUGCUCGAAAUGCGACUACUUUUCAGUUAAUGUUAGCAAUAUGAGUAAACAUAAAGCCGCAUGCAACAAAACAAAGGAGGAAUUAAUGAUAGAGUAUAGAGAUGAUCCGAAACGUUGGUGCUCUAAGUGCGACUAUUUUUCUUUUGAUUUAACCACUUUGAGUAGACAUGAAGCCGCGUGCAGCAAAACCAAGGAGGAAUUAAUGAUAGUGUACAAAGAUGAUCCGUAUCAUUGGUGCGAACAGUGUGGACAUUUGUUCUUUUCUGAUGUGAGGAGUCAAAAACUGCACAAACUUCGGUAUCACACACACAUUGAUGUCAGAACGAUCACACUGCAACAAAUGAAAGUCGUUCAUCCUUUAAAACACAAUAACGACGGAAUCGGAGAGGAAGACCCACUCGACCCACUCGACAAGGAAAAUUUUGAUUUCAUUGUUAAAAAGAAACUAGAAUGGGCCGACACAUUUGCUCAUAACAAAGCGGACACCAACUUUGUCUACAGAGCCGCAUGCCUGUCACACUCAUUCUCCUCAUCAUCAACUACAUAUUCUGAUUUCGUGGUGGGUCAUCCUGAAGAAGUUGGAGCAUAUUCAGGAGUGAAAGGAAAAGUGGAAGGAUUGGACAUACAUAAUUGGCACAAAUAUUUUCCCCAAAAAUCAAAACCAGGUCAAGCAGCAUUACGGGGUCAGGAGAUUGUAUUCUUUGGGCAGACUUGUUUCAAAGGACAAGACAGUGCAACACAAGCGCGGAAACAGGAGGCUCUCGAGAUUAACUAUGGAUUCUACGCCAAUAAGUACAAAGGGGAGAAAAUGUACUACAUCAAUGUAGAACGAGAGCUGACCAAUUUGUCAUACAAUUCGGAUGCAGCCAUUAUGAAAAUGUUGAGUAUGGCAGUAAGAGGGGAGCCGAGUUUUUGUCACAAAACAGAAUGUGAAUGCCCUGCAUACUUUCACUUUGAAUUGGACAAGAUGAAGAAAGUUGAAUUCAGCAGCAUUGACAAGACCCGUAUCAAAAAAGAGUCUCCUCCUCGACUACCACCACAGAAAGCACGCCCCCAAACUGAGGAAGAUCUCAAACGAGAAAUCGACAGACUGUUCCGAAGCCUUAAGGAGGAAAUGAGGCUGAAUUUGGAGACCAAAUUCAAUGUAUACUCGGUGCUAAUAGUGAAUAAGGCCGAUUUCCCAGGCAUGUCAGAUCCUUGUGAGAUUUUGGUCGCAUUACGGACGCGAAAAGGACUUGUCGUCUGGUGUUACAGUGGAAAAGGGGUGGAAGCAGCAGAUGGUAACAUACACGCCCACCAUCAGUAUGGUGAAAGCACCAUCAUGAACGAGUUGGAAAAAGGGGACAAAAUUGCAAUCAAGAUCGCAAGAAUGAGAUGCUCUUGCCAGAGAGAUGCGGAAGAAAAAGAGGCAUUUUUGCAAUACACCACAGGAGUAUCAAGUAGGAAAAAAUCCCAUGGGAUUCGCAUCGUCCCUAUAAAUAUUAGGAUGGAAUGGACCGCUUGGUUAAGAUUGUCCGACCCCAUUAGAAAAUUGGCUCAAGAAUGUGGGGAACUUGGUACUAGUCUCUACUCGUUUGCAGAUCAUCCUUAUGCACCUUUGUAUCAGGAAGGGGAAUUUGUAUACCCCAUCGACGUAGCACGCCAAGUCGAAAAAGGAGAAGUCGCGAUUGUUAAAUUUGUUGAUUGUUGAGUUAUCUUUUUUGUUUUAUGAAUUUUAAUUAUUUUAUAUUUUUUACUGUACAUAUAUGUUGUACCCGGUGGUACUGUUGUGAUACGAAAUGAACUGUUAUGUGUAUCAAACAUCGUAAUAAAUGCUCAACAUAAAAUAAUCUA